AUGGGGUUUUGGUUAGUGCUCUUGCUUGCUUUGUUAACCUGCGCAACUCUCUCAAUAUCAGAUCCGAGUGAUGAGGCAUGUUUAACCCAUUUAAGCCAAUCCUUGAAAGACCCAACAAACUCUCUUCAAAACUGGACAAAAUCAAAUUUUGCAAACCCAUGUUCUGGUUUUACUUCUUAUCUCCCCGGUGCUACUUGCAACAAUGGUCGAAUCUACAAGCUUUCUCUGACAAACCUCUCUCUUCUAGGCUCGAUUUCUCCUUAUUUAGCAAACUGUACCAAUCUCCAGUCACUUGACCUCUCCUCCAAUCAAAUUGCAGGUCCUAUCCCUGCAGAUUUGCAGUCCUUGGUCAAUCUCGCAGUGCUUAAUCUCUCAUCAAAUAGACUUGAAGGAGAGAUCCCACCACAGCUUGCAAUGUGUGCUUAUUUAAAUGUUAUUGAUUUGCAUGAUAAUUUCUUCUCUGGUCAAAUCCCACAACAGCUUGGUCUUCUAGUAAGGCUAUCGGCUUUUGAUGUGAGCAAUAACAAGCUAUCUGGGCCAAUACCUGUUUCAUUAGGGAAUAGGAGUGGUAAUUUACCAAGAUUCAAUGCCACUUCUUUUGAAGGAAAUAAGGAUCUUUUUGGCUACCCUUUGCCUCCAAUGAAGACUAAGGGUUUGUCAGUUUUGGCCAUUGUUGGGAUCGGUUUAGGAAGUGGGUUCGCAAGUUUGGUGCUCAGUUUUACUGGGGUUUGCAUUUGGUUGAAGGUUACUGAACAAAAGAUGGCACUCGAAGAAGGCAAGAUUAGCCAGCUCAUGCCUGAUUAUUGA